UCAUGGUCUUCUUGUAAUUUCCGGGAUCUAAGUUAAGUGUGGAACGACAUGGGGCAUGAAAAUCGAAAUUUGAAAGUCGGCCGCCGUAUUAAAACCAUUUGAUUUGUAGCCAUGGAACUUAAAGAUCCGAAAGUGUGCUUCUUGUAUGACCAGCUUAGGGUCAAAACUAUCAUUUGCCUUGAUGAUUAUAUUAAUAGCGGAAGAGGCACUCUGGCUGAACUUAAAGAACGCUUACGUCGAACUCUCCCUGAAGAAGAACGAAGAAGAGUCAGAACUGUAAAAAAACUUGUGGAUACCUUGGAAAAACAAGGUGUUAUAGGAGAUAACAAUGUGGAGUUUUUAAAAAUGUUAGCUGAGGAGCUUGAAUUACCAAAACUGAAGCACAAAGUUGAGGAAUUCGAAACGAAGUGUUCAGGAAUAUUCCAGAAAGCAGUCAAUGUUGCAGGAAGAGCUCCAGGUUUUGUGUGGCAAAAGUUUAAAGGAGGAGUAUGUACCUCAGCCAUAUAUUUGAAAACUGUGUUGUCAAUAAAAGGAGUUCAAGUAGCCUUAGCAGGUGCAACUCUCAUAUAUGUGUAUGGGACGAAUCCCGAAAAACUGAAAGAUCUUCAACCAUUUGUGGAAUACGGGACUCAACUGGUUGCAAUCUUUAGAGGCUCGGUUGUUUUUGUCUUAAAAGUUUCAAGUAUUUCAUCACUAAAACGGUUAUGGCAAAGCUACAAGGAUGGCUCGUUGAAAGAAAAAAUGAAGAAAACCUUCAAUGAGAUGAAAGAAUUGAAGGAAGUGAGCCAUGGAGAAGAGAUUGAUGUGGAGGUUACAAUAGACGAGGAAGAGUACCGGGAAGUUCUCUGGGAUCUCGUCCUCUUAAAGGCGAAAGGUAAUUCAGUGAAAACCGAUACUAAAAGACAGCGCAGGCACUCAGUUUGCUGUGGACGAGAUUUCCCUGAAGAGGUCAGCAAACCAAUGGAUGUAACACAGAUACAAAUACGAGUAGGACGACCUCUUACAGAACUAGAAAUUUCUAUAGGAAAUAUCGAAGGGCUCAAAGAAGCUUUGAGAGGAAAAGAGUUUACAUUGUCAAGAAUCGCCGAAGUUGAAGAGCAAAGACUAUCUGAAAUAGGAAGACAAUUAUCGGAGAUGGAAAUCUUUUUAGGUAUUACGGUAACAUUUAAUCAGUAG